CCUUUUGCGACAGCUGCCGGAAGUGAGCGCCGGAAGUGCUCCGCGCAGAUUCCAGGAGGGCGCCGAGCGUGAGAGUUCUUCGUGGGAAGAAAGCAACCUUCCAGCGCAACCUUCCCUUCUUUCCCCAAUGCCAUCCAGUAUAAUAAUAAUAGCAGUAAGAGCAACACUUGGAUGGCUGAUCAAGGUGUAGAGAAGUGUCAGGAGACACCAAGAGCUGAAGACUUGGUAAUGGACACUGAAGAGGAAGAGGCAGUGACUGACCAGAAAGAAGAAGGAAGUGAGGUUCAGUUGGAUCUCUCCACUGAAGAUGGCGCCAAAAAAGUUGUGCCAGGCAUAAUUUACCUUGGUCACAUCCCUCCUCGCUUCCGGCCGCGACACGUCCGUAACUUGCUUAGUGUGCAUGGUGAAGUAGGACGUAUUUUCCUGCAGCCUGAAGAGCGAUUUAUACGAAAGAAAAAGAAGAAAGCAGGUAGCAAUGCCAAGAACUUCACUGAAGGCUGGGUAGAAUUCAGGGAUAAGCGUGUGGCAAAGGUAGUAGCUGCCAGUUUGCACAAUACGCCCAUGGGUGUCCGGAAGAGGAGCCGAUUCCAUUAUGACCUCUGGAAUAUGAAGUAUCUGCACCGCUUCAAGUGGACUCACCUGAGCGAGCGACUGGCCUAUGAGCGUCAGGUGCGGCAGCAGCGCAUGCGGGCCGAAGUUUCACUGGCCAAGCGUGAGACUAAUUUCUACCUGCAGAAUGUAGAGAAGAGCAAGCGCUUUUCAGAAAAGGGCAAUCGGGGAGGACAGGAAGAGAAGAGCUGGGGCUUUGUCCAGCGCCAGACUGAGGAAGAAAUCCAGACCAGCAAAGGGAAGAAGCGCCUGAAGAAGCAGUUGGCCCGGGCUGCUGAGAUCCAGCAGAAAUCCCAGUCGAACAGCUCUCUGCUAUCCAAGAUCUUCAAUAUCCAACAGUAGGGCUUGUCCUCUGAAAUGUCAGAUUUGCUGCUGACCCUGGUUUAGCUGCUGGCUGCUGGGUUUUUAUAAGCCAAGCAGACUCAGUCUAUUCUUGAACCUACCAAAGCAGGCAGGGGAAGUUCAUUCUUUGUUGCACAGCAUAUUUUAUACAUAUGCUGUGGUUGUAAAACUUGUUGAUCUUUCUGCUGUGUGGAGCCUCUUUUUAGGAAGCUGUCCAGCUUUGCCUGAGCAGCAUUAAAGCUUUCCCCUGUGGGGAUUUGGCAAAGGUUUGCUCUUUUGGUUGUUCUCUUGGCGGCUGAGAUUGGCGCUGGCUGUCUCACCUUCCCAGACCUGAAUCAAGUUCAGAGGUUGAUCCAGCGGAAGAGUGUGCUGUUCUAGAUCGGAUGCUGCUGCGGGGAGGGGAGCUGAAACCAGCUAGAAUCCAGUUGCUAAUAGGAACCUUGAUCUUCAUUUAGAAAUUGGGGGGGGGGAGGAGGAACAGGCCAAGCACUGCCUUUGUGGACAUUUUAGUUCUCUGCCGCUGAUCAUCCAAGGUACUUUGGAAUGAGAAGCGCCAAAUGGGGAUUCUAAGUGUUUUGGUGACAUUAAGGUGAUAAUACUGUUAAGUCAACAUGCAGCUAUUAUUUGAAACAAACAUCUAGGGCUAGAACAGCAAUAAGCAUACAGACCCCAUGAAAAUGUUAUUUUUCCAAAAAGUAUUGAAUUGGGUUUGGGAUCAAUCAUUUUUAUAUAUUGUCCAAAAAUGUGGUCUGUUACUACUGGAAUUAUUUCAAUUUUUCAUUGUUUUUAUUUUGCAUUUCAACAUGUUUCAACAAUAGAAAUUAAGCCUAAGCAGACUCCACCUACAUUAGGAAUUAUCUCCAUUUUUAAUGUGUGUGUGAGAGAGAAAGCAGGUACCAAGUGGUAAAUAAAAAAAUUAUUUUGAA